GUCCGAACCCCACCAUCCCAGUCCGAGCCCGGACAGGUCAGCAGCGAAGCCCCGGACAGGUCAGCAGUGAAGCCCCGGACAGGUCCCGCUCACUGACUGAUGGAAAGAGACAGGAGGAAAAAGGGCAAAUCUCUUCGCUCGAGCAGAGUCGCCAUGCGCUGGCGGGGCAACGUUUAACUCUUCGUCCCGGGCUCGGCUGAAAUGUGCUUUAUGGUCGCUUGAAAGGACUUCGCGUUUGCGCUUGUAUGUAGCGUGGUAUGAGUACGAUAUGUCUGACCAGAGGCCGAGCAAAAGUGUGGAAUGGCUGCAACUCGAGUUAGAGUCCGGGGGCACUUCUGUGCUCCUGCUGGACUGCCGUUCACACGAGCUUUAUGAAUCAUCCCACAUAGAGACCGCCAUACAUCUGGGCAUGACGGGGCUGAUGCUCCGGAGGUUCAAAAAGGGCAACAUACCUAUACAGACUAUCAUUUCCAAAAACGAAGACAAGGAGAAGUUUUUGAGACGAUUUAAGACGGACACGGUCGUGCUGUACGAUGAGUGCACCGCGGGCUGGCCGGACUGUGGAGCCCCGGCGUCGGUUUUGUUUCUACUUCUUCAGAAACUAUGGGAAGACGGCUGUACAGCGUACUUUCUGGAAGGUGGUUUUGUAAAGUUCCACACAGAGUACCCCGAGCACUGUGAAACCCUCCUGGACAGCUCCUGUCCCAGCUCCUCGCCUCCCAUGUCCGUCCUGGCUUUUGGAAAUCUCCGGAUCAGCUCAGACUGCUCCGAUGGGGAGUCUGAUCGAGAGCCAAGCAGUGCCACCGAGUCUGAGGAGAGCCCCGUCCCAAGCUAUCAGCCGGACUUCCCCGUUCAAAUCAUACCUUACCUUUACCUAGGCUGUGCCAAAGACUCCACCAACCUAGAUGUGCUAGGACAGUACAACAUCACCUACAUCCUGAACGUCACGCCCAAUCUUCCCAACAUGUUCGAGCAUGACGGCCACUUCAGGUACAAACAGAUCCCCAUUUCGGACCACUGGAGCCAGAACCUGUCCCAGUUCUUCCCAGAGGCAAUAUCAUUUAUUGAUGAGGCUCGAUCGAAGCAGUGCGGGAUCCUGGUCCACUGCCUGGCCGGCAUCAGCCGCUCAGUCACCGUCACGGUGGCCUACCUGAUGCAGAGGCUCAACCUCUCUCUAAAUGAUGCGUAUGACUUUGUCAAGAGGAAGAAAUCCAACAUUUCACCUAACUUCAACUUCAUGGGUCAGCUGUUGGACUUUGAGAGGACACUGGAGCGGCACACCUCCUGCGAUAACCGCUCCACCAGCGAGCAGCCGCUCUGCUUCACCACACCAACCAAUCACAAUGUUUUUCAGCUCGAGUCCACGUAAGGAGCAAUAAGACAGCCUUUUUUAUUUUUAUUUUUUCAAUUCUGCGUAUGUUUCCUGUGGUGUCGCUUAGGUUUCCUGAACCUGUCGGAUGCCCAAGUUGCUGACACGAACAGUAAUUCAGCCACAGUGUUCUGCACUAUAAGGAACUACACUGAUCUUUUAAAGGAACAGCACCCGUAUGCAGAAUAAAAAGCUCCAGUCUCAAUGCCUUAAUAUCCUAACACAAGGAAUAAUUUUACUCUCCUCCACACUUUAGUUAAUGAUCAUGUACUGCCACGGCAGCAGGAUUUUCAAAGCUUCGAUUACAUCUGGGACUGGUAUAUGACUGUUAUUUGUUAUUCACCAGCUGUAAAAUGGAUGUUUAUUUCUUUUCUUUAUCAGUUCUGAAUAUUGCCUUGAUGGUCUUUGGCCAGUCAGAGUGUUUUCUUAGGACCAAUUUGAGAUGUUUUGUUACUCUAGCCGAGGGAAAUAAGCUACUGUGCUCAACCAACCUUGAAUUAUUGUCUCAGUUGUCUUCCUGGUGGCUUUUGCUGUCACCACAGACUAGAGAGGUUUUUUGUUUGUUUGUUUUUUUCAUGUGCUUUUACACAGAAUACCCUCACUAAUAUCUGGGAAACAUUAAUAGUCUUUAAAUCCAAGCUUGAGUGAGCAAUGCUGUGUAUGUAUUUAAACUGUGAUAUUUUCUACUAAAUAUCAAAGUUAUAUUAUAUCCAUUUGCAUCACCCCACCGGAGUAUUGUAUCGCUUAUAACUGCAUUAUUUACAUGAGAUUAUUUUCCACAACAGACCCUGUUUUGUAACCUUUGUGUCAUUGCCUGGUGUUGCCGAGGCCUUGGCCGUUCCUUAAUACAAAAACUGUCAGUAAAUGUCAGUAACCGUGUGGAAGUGAAAUGUCACAGGACUGGCUAUUCCCACAGCUGAAAGGUGUGUACAAAUGGAUGUCCACCUUCUUUUUUUACUCUGACACUCUUCAGCCUGCAGCUACUCCUCCUGUGGCCUCUGUCCCAGGAGACAUGGUGUGUAAUUAGCUGUCCUCUAUUGCCAGUCUCAUCUCAGAACAAGUGAAUAACUUGGACGUGUGAGAGGAAGUGGAAGGAAGUGAGUGUGAUGCGUGUGUUCUUACCUCAACACAAGACAUUUUCAGGGAUUGUUUUUUUUCUUCACAAGGCAUCUGUAAGUCAUCUUGGCCUCCUAAAGUGCACCCAAGGGCUGUUUUGUUUGGUAUGUUUGUAAAGAUGUGCAUUAAUUGUGGUUACACGGGGGACAUAUUCUGUAAAUCAUGAAGGAUAUGGAAGUGACCCUAUUUGGACCCUAAGUAUAGCAUAUAUAAAGCUAAAGUCCAUUGCAUUCUUUUCAAAUUUAUACUUCAAAUAUAUUGUAUAUUUUUACUUGAGCUUGGUUUGUUUUGUCUUUAUUUACAGAUUUAAAAAACAAAAAUUUUUCUUCACCACGCUGUCAGGCCGCAGUGCUCUAGGUGUGGUCAGAGGUCUGUUUUCUAUCCGAUCUGAUGCACGACAUCCUGUCUCCCACGGGCUCUCUGACAAAAAGACAAGUGACAAGGCCAGAUCUGUCAAUACCACAGUGCAGACACACCCUGUAGCAGUCACUCAAACAGCACUCAAAGGAAGAGGAAGAUGACACAGCAUUUGUUUUACCACAAGACUUCCUACAGCUCUCUGCAAAGCCGAGGAGCCCGAGCACAGUUUGAAUUGGUGUUGGUCAAU